UAGUGCUGCCGCGGUCCGGUCCAGAACCACGGUUCGAACCGGACUUUUGGUCCGGUUCUCUGUGGUUCGGUCCAUGGUUCCCUCACCAGCCAGAACCGGACCGGAAAGCAGUUCUGGGUUCUGGACCUUCACUAGUGGUCCGGUUCUGAUUCGACUUUCCCGAACCUUCCCGAACCGUUCCUUGACCUUCGAAUUCCCUUGACUUCGACACCAACCACGACGACGUCAGUGUCCAUGUCGACAUCAAAACACCGUCUUCGAGAUUUGCAUUAUUUGUUAAUCAGGCUACUGUUAGCCUUUUUGAAGAUAUCUACUUGUUCUAGUCUAUAUGCUUCCUGGAUAGUCAUGAUCCUCCACCGGUUCUCAACUCUAACAGAUCUCCUUGGAUAUUGUCGCUCUGUCUAGUUCUUGACCCUAACUAUAAGUUAGCAUACGUCGAACAGCGAUGGACUGUGACGAAGGUCGCAAACGGGAGGGCUCGUCUUGAGGCAGUGUUUGACAAAUAUUAUCAAGCGCCUCCAGCCCCAGGACCACAUCCCAAGGAGCCAGAGGCCACAUCAUCAACAAUGAAAGCUUCGAUCUUUCUCCAGCGCGGGCAUCACAUCAACUCUGCGCCGCAACGCACUCGCAUCAUCCACUUUCUCCGCGCUACAAUUGAUGAAGGCAGCCUAUAA